AUGCCAAUUGGUGACAAAAAUAAAUACGAUUUGAGUGUUGUGGAUGAGCUGUUGAAAGUAAAAGACGUGGUUGGAUGGUACACUAGGAAUUGGGAUGGUGAUUUCUGCGUGGAUGAAAAGUAUGUGAAAUAUGUGCACCUGCCGCCAGACAUGGAUGAUGUCAACUUUGACCUGAACCGUACGCACCCCAAAGACAAAUGGAAGCCAUACGAUUGUACAUAUGAGUCAAUUGACUUGAUUUUGCAGUGGAUCAGGGCAAACUGCAAAGACCAAGAUGGAAAACCCAAAAGGACCAAGGGCACCACUUACUUUUGCCAGUUUUUCACUGAGCAGAAUCGCCACUUAAUAUCUGAACAUGCACAAAAUCCAGAUAAUAUCAAAUAUGCAAAGUGGAGCCACGUUUUUGAACGUUAUUUGGUGUCAAGUGACCUUGGAAAAAAACCUGAUCCAAGCCAGCCCAUUUCUGAUUAUGAAGGGUUCCACUGUGUGUACCGGUCUCAAAUUGGCGAGCACAGCCUGCUCUAUGGUGCCGAAAUUGACGGCUUGAGCAAUGUUGAUGAUUUGAAAAACCUGAAUAAAGCAAAGUUGGUGGAGCUCAAGGUCUGCAAAGAAAGUCUCGAUUUGCAAUCUUUUUCAAGGCACAGACUUUUCAAGUGGUGGACGCAGGGUAUUUUGGCCAAAAUCGACUCUGUGGUGGUUGGCUACCGAAACGAAGAAGGCUUCAUUCGACACUUGGAGGAAUUAAAACUCGCAGAUAUGACAGAACGAGCAAAAUAUGUCAUGAAGGAUGCAAUGGACACUGACGUCUACGAAUUUAAAUGGUAUCCGAAGGAAAAAAACGUAUCAGGCAUAAAACUGCAUCCUGAAAACAAUUGUAACUUUUUACCUGAGCAGUUCAAAGAGUGGCUAGCGUCUGCCUAA